UUUGUCUACGUUGGGUAAUCUGAAAAUAUGUUUUAGUUUUUAUCUCUUAGUAUGAUUAUGUUUUGGAGAUCAAUUCUUGACUAUGUCAACAUGUGCUUUGUGAUUUAAAAACCAGUUUCGAACUAUGUCAUCGGUUGAGAAUAGUGAUUUUUGUUUACUGUGUCAUUAGUAAUAUACUUCUGUCCCAUUACACUAAAAGAAAAAUUGUGAUUUGUUCAGUACAAUGAUCUAGUUGCUUCUGAUAUACUUGUGUCUUAUUGUACUAAAAGGGUAGUUUUGAUUUUUAACCUAUACCACAGGGGUUAAGUGUUACAAGAGACUAAUAAAACUUAUAAUUUUAUGAUAUCUUGUUUCAGUUAUUUGAGAAUUUGAUUUUGAGAAUAUGGUUUAUUAGAAAUAUGUCUUUGAAUACAAGAUUACCUAACAAUAUUUUUGAAUCAUACAAAUGAUAUUUUGGCCUAAAUGUUUUGUAACAUAUUUAAUCCUAUUGAGGGGAUAUCGGUUACUGGCUGAGUUGUCGUACUCAUUCCUUUAAUUUUUUUUACUUUUUAGAUUUUGAUAUUUGCAUCUUCGAGACUUAGUUUUGACAAGAAAUUAUGUUGCAUGACUUCAUUUAUCCUUUGUCAUCAUAUAACUGGUAAUGUGAAUACUUUGAUAUAAUAAAAUUAGAAUAUUGUUGUAUUUUUUGAUCAAGUGGAAUAAGUGCAUUUCAGAGACUUGAUUUUGAAAACUAUAAUUUUUGAAGACCUUUUGGAGUUUGAUUUUGAAUUAGUAUAGUAUUUUGGAGUUUGAUUAGUAUAAUAUCAAGAAUGUUACAUGCUUGUGAGAUUAGUUUCAUGAAUAUGCGGCGCUGUUACGUACUAAAUUUUCAGAUUUAGUGCGUGAAAAAAAAUGGAAAUGGUUUAAUUCUGACAACUCCUGUCAAGGUGAAGGACUUUACCGAGGUACAUGAGCAUGAGAAGGAGAUUGUUCAAUUCAUGUAUGUGGACUUAACUUCUAAAUGAAUCAAGUUUAUCUAUUUCCAGCUUCUCAUGAGGACUUUCAACUGUCUUAUUUCAAGAAAUGGAGCAAGAGCACAGCUCUAGGUGGCUCCACCAAAGAUAAACUUCAAAAAAGAAAAAGAAAAAAAAGUUAAUGUUCAAUGCCAGAUUCAACAGGUAAAAAAAAAUUCAGGGAGUGAUGGGAGUAAUGCUAAUACAUUUGGUGUUUCAACGUAAUUUGCUUGAACGCAUUGUAUAAAAGUUGAUCAUGAUUCAAACUUCAUACCCCACUGGAUCAUAAAGUAAAAUACAUAAUUCAAGAACAUGGCUUUUGUCAACUAAUUUCAAAGCUAGAACUUUCAAAACCUAAAUGGGCUAUAAUUAUUAUUAUUUUUUCUUAAGGAAUUAGAACUGACGGGAACCGUCUUCCAAACUAGUAGCCAAAUCACAGGAGCCAGAGAAAUGAAAUCCAGGAGCAAAUACUCGGUCAUUCUUGGUGGGGUCUUAGACAGUGAAACAAACCCUACUUUUUGGUAAUAAGGGGCGGCAAAGCUGUGUUAAAUUAGCACUCGUUUAACUCCCCCAUUUCACCCCUAUAUCCCCCUACUCUACUUCAUACUUCCCAUGAUGCAAAAAAUUCUUCACAUCUUUUUCACAAAGAAAAAAAAAAGAGUUCUCCUCCAAGCUUCUAUUUCUUUUUUGACUACAUUUUUCAUUGAAUUAUCUUAGCACAAAGAAGCUAUGGCUAAAGACAUUGAGGUUGGUGGUGAGUUCCAAGCAAAGGACUACCAUGAUCCUCCAGCAGCUCCAUUGGUAGACACGGAGGAGUUGACAAAGUGGUCUUCUUACAGGGCUAUAAUAGCUGAGUUUCCUGUCACGCUCUUGUUUUUGUACAUCACUGUGUUGGCGGUGGUCGGAUACAAGACCAAGACUGAUCCUGGUAAUGACGGUGAGUAUUGGGUUGCCGUUCUAGGAAUUGCUUGGGCUUUUGGUGGCAUGAUCUUUAUCCUUGUUUACUGCACUGCAGGUAUCUCAGGGGGAAACCGGACACAUCAACCCAGCAGUAACCUUUGGGCUUAUACUGGCUCGGAAGGUGUUCUUGGUCCGAGCCAUAUUUUACAUGGCUGCUCAACGUUUCGGUGCCAUCUGUGGAUGUGGGCUAGUAAAGGUUUUGCAAAAGUCUCGCUACAACCAGUACGGAGGAGGAACCAACGUCCUCUUUGACGGCAACGGUAGCACAGGAACUGGUUUGGCAGCUGAAAUUAUCGGCACAUUUGUUCUUGUCUACACUGUUUUCUCUACAACUGGUCCCAAGAGGAACUCAAGAGAUUCCCAUGUUCCUGCAUGUCUCUAAUUCAACCAACUCUGCACCUUUUUUUUCCCCAUUUUAUUUCUAAGUUAGGCAGCAAAUUUUUUAAUUCUAAAUUUUGGUUUGAUCACAAAAUUCAUUGAAAGUAUUUCUUAGGUACUAAUUUUCUGUAUUGUAAUUUAAGGUCUUGGCACCGCUUCCCAAUGGAUUUACUGUGUUCAUGUUUCACUUGGUAACUAUUCCGAUCACUGGCACAGGUAUCAACCCUUCUCGCAGUUUUGGAGCUGCUGUUAUCUACAACCAGAACAUACCAUGGGAUGACCAACUAUGGACCUUCACCUGUACAAUUGAUUUUAAUUUUGCCUUGUUUUUUGAAACCUUUACAAGUAUUGGUGCUUAUGCAAUAUUUGUUCUGUUUGAAUUUUUGCAGUGGAUUUUCUUGGUUGGACCAUUCAUUGGUGCUACCGUCGCUGCAAUCUAUCACCGGUAUAUCCUGAGGGCAGCUGCUGCUAAGGCUUUUGUUUCCUUCAAGAGCAGCUCUGCCAUUAAAAAAAAUGAAGCAAUAAUUCUCCAACCACAAGUUAAAAAGAAAAAAAAAAGGAUUGCCAUGGAGGAAUGAAUUAAGUUUUAUCUAUGUGGUCAAGAGGCUUUUUCAGGCCCUCGAAUUUGUAAAUUUUAAUGGAAGGUGUCAUGCUUCUUUGUAUUUGGCACUUAUUUUUUAAUGUACCCAAGUGUUGUCAUCAUCCCUUUUUUUUCUUUCCUUUCUUUUCCUCUCUGCCUUUUUGCUUUUGUUUCGGU